AUGAACGGCCUAGGCGUCGGCGGCUCUCAAAGUCCGAACCUUGUCAAUGCUGCUAAUGCGCUGCUCUACGCGUUCAUGACUGUGACUUGCUUCGCCGGCCCCUGGCUCACCAACCUCAUCGGUUUUCGAUGGACGCUUUCCAUUGGCUCGAUCGGGUACCCGUUGUACGCGGCUGGUCUUUAUGUCAACAACCGCUGGGGGACGACAUGGUUCGUCUACGUUGGCGCCGUGGCAUGUGGCCUCAGCGCGGGCUUCUUCUGGAGCGUUGAGGGUGCUAUAUCUACAGGCUACCCGGAACAACACAAACGUGGCCGCUAUAUCGCUACAUGGUUUACCUUUCGCAACUUUGGAAAUAUUAUUGGUGGUGCCAUCUCGCUGGGCAUCAAUCACUCGGCCAAUAAGCUCGGCAAGGUCGGAUAUGAGACCUAUCUCGGUUUCAUCGCUAUCCAGUGCCUCGGUUUCCCUCUAGGUUUGCUACUAUCGAACCCGGAGAAAGUUCAGCGAGAUGAUGGAACUCGUAUCGAAGCUCCUAGAAAUAUCAACUGGCGCCUCGAGGGACGCGAGAUGUGGCGCUUGAUUCGGAGCAGACCCAUCCUCAUGUUGACUCCUUUAUUCUGGUACUUUGGCUGGAUCCAGGCUUAUCCCGGUACAUACUUGGCUACAUACUUCACUGUUCGCUCCCGGGCUCUUGGAAGCUUCAUGUCUGCUGUGGUUGGGACAAUCGCCACCUGGCUUGCUGGUGUCCUUGUGGAUAUCCCAUGGGCAAAGAGCCGCCAAAAGCGUGCCAUUGCGACGUACGCCCUUAUCGCCGCUCUCAACAGCGCGACUUGGAUCUGGGCAGUGAUUAUCCAGAACGAAUACCGGCACACGCGUCCUGCACUGGACUGGGGGGACCAAAGGACCUUCGGAAGGGGGUUUGGAGUCUACAUGUUGGAACGUAUCAGUCUGGGCAUGGUCGAGAACUAUGUCUACUGGUGCAUAAGCAACCUUUCCGACUCACCUGGCGACCAGAUCCGGUACAGUUCUCUGCUGAGGGGUAUUGAGACGGCCGGUGUGGCAGUGGGAUUCGGUGUGCAGGCCGUACCUACGGCUUUGAUUGCCACUGCAUCGAUCAACUUCGGACUGUGGUUUGUCGCGCUCCCCUUCGGAUACUAUGCCACUCUUCAAGUGGUGAACAAAUUUAACCAACUGAACAAAGAGAACUAG